AUGGAAUUUCUUACGCUUAUGAUUUGGGGUGUGGAAGAUGGUGUGCCAUUUGUUCCUGAGCCUGCCCACCCUGAGCCUGAAUUAGUCAUUGUUGACGAAGAACCGGAGCUACCGCCAAUUGAUGUUCCUCUUGAAAAGAAGGUUAAGGAAGAAAAGCCACCUACACCGGCAUUUGGUGUUCCUGCUGAAGUAGAGGUCAAAGAAGAAACGGAGUCAGAAGAUAUUGACGAGGCUAUAAUUGACAUGAGCGACAAGCUACUACGCAUAACUAUAGACGAACCUUUGGAUUGGACUGUCGAAUAUCCAUUUCGUGAACCUACUCCGCCACCUCCAACGGAAUCAGUUCCACUAAUUGAAUAUUUGUGCAAGUUGAAGAAUUGUUCUCUCAAAGAACUCCAUAUUCUCUUUCAUAAUCUAGAUGAGCGCCGAGAAAUAAUUAAUCAUCUUCGCCGAAAUGUUGAAUUACGUACUUGUCAUCUCAAUCCUUGCUGCAAAAACUUUAUUGUUCACUGCAAUGAUCUGACAGUUCGAUCGGCAAGUGUGGUCCAUGCUAUGGGUGGAUAUUUGAGCAUAACGGUCCGUGGAUACUACUACAUCAAACACAAAGUCAAACUGGAGCAUCCAUAUUUGCCUUGUGUCAUUGAAUUUGGAGGAGGCCGUCACCGUUCAUAUUACCCAUUGGAAGUUCUUUCUGUGACUGAGAAUAAGAUGAAAAGAUGUCAUUGAUAUUUUAUUCAAUUUUUAUUUUUUAAAUUGUUAUUCAAAAUAAAUAUUAUGAAAAUAGAAAAUUCUAGAGCAGUAUUCAAACUUUUACCUAGCAAAUUUGGGGUUUUCUCAUGAAAAUUUUAUUCAACUAGCUCGAUUUGGAAUAAAUACAAGUAUAAUCCCAAUCGUUGUAGCUGUAGCAGUUGGUCAAAUGUGGUUUAGGGAGAACCGUCAAAUGUAAUUUUAGGAGUAGUUGGGCAAGUGUGGUAUUUAGGAGAGUUGGCCAAACUUGUUUUUCAGGUUAGUGGGCAACUGUGGUUUUACUGGGUGUUGGCCAAAUGUGAUUUUAUAGUGCAGUUGCCAAUUGUCGUAGCAUUUUUCCUUCUGGAAAAAAUAGAAG